UUUACUACUAUAAAGAAGGGAAACGGUCAAUUGAGAUUUACCUAGCUUCUACCACUACAGAAACACACACACAGCUUGAGGUAACAGGGAUUCAGGGAACGUCAUAGAGAAAUGGUUAUGGGAAGAUUCACCAAUGAGUCCAAAGAAAGGAAGACAACAUUGAUGAGAACUGUGAGCUUCAAGAAAGGUGGUCCGAACUACAUAAUCGAUCAAUACGAGGGGUCAGACAACAUUAUUAUUGAAGAAAAAGAAAGUGGGAUAGCUAAAAGUUGCAAGAACAGGAGAGUGGGAAAGCUAAAGCUUCGGAAAACUGCUUCUUUCAAUGAUUUUGCCGGUUUGGAGGAAAAAAAGCUUAAUGCCGCCGCAAUUAAGCUCCAGAAAGUCUACAAGAGUUACCGGACUAGACGAAACCUUGCAGAUUGUGCUGUGGUUGUUGAGGAGCUCUGGUGGAAGGCAUUAGACUUUGCCGCUCUAAGGCGGUGUUCCAUAUCAUUUUUUGAGCCUGAUAGAUCAGAAACUGCUGUUUCGAGAUGGGCAAGGGCUAGGACUAGGGCUGCAAAGGUUGGUAAAGGUUUGUCAAAAAAUGACAAGGCUCAGAAAUUGACCCUAAGCCACUGGCUUGAAGCUAUUGAUCCGCGGCAUCGAUACGGGCACAAUCUGCACUUGUACUACAAUGUUUGGUUUGACAGCAGGAGCUCCCAACCCUUCUUCUAUUGGUUGGAUGUCGGAGAUGGCAAAGAAGUAAAUCUUGAGAAGUGUCCAAGGACCAAUCUGCAGCAUCAAUGCAUCAUAUACCUUCGACCAAAAGAGAGGGAAGCAUUUGAAGUGAUUGUAGAGAGUGGCAAGCUCGUUUACAGACAAAGUGGAGUUCCUGUGGACACUGAUGAUGACACAAAGUGGAUAUUUGUUCUCAGCACAACGAGGAACUUGUACGUUGGGCAGAAAAAGAAAGGUCGGUUUCAACACUCUAGUUUUCUAGCUGGUGGUGCCACUACCGCAUCUGGAAGAUUGGUGGCCCGUAAUGGGGUUCUUGAGGCUAUAUGGCCCUACAGUGGCCAUUAUCAGCCAACAGAAGAGAACUUCAUGGAGUUCAUCAGUUUCCUAGAAGAUCACCACGUAAGCUUGACCGACGUUAAGAAAUGUGCUGUAGAUGACGAUGUUCCACCUUUGCCAAAGUCAAUGAGGGGUUCCUUGACAAAUAUCAAAUCCACCAACACAGUAUCAACAGAUGCUAAUGUGCUUAAUAUCAAGGAUGCUGCAAAUGUAAUUGGAACCAAUAUUGUGGAAGCACAGGAAUUCGAAUUUGGGAAGCGUUUUUCACGUAAAUGGAGUAGUGGACACAGUCCUCGUAUAGUGUGUGUUAGAGACUACCCAGCACAGCUUCAAUUUCAGGCACUUGAACAUGUUAAUCUGUCGCCGAGGACCAUGCCAGGACACUUUCCUGGCAAUGCUCCCAUCCCCUCGCCAAGACCAAGUCCCAAAAUCCACCUUUCACCGAGGCUUGCAUAUAUGGGACUUACUAGCCCGAGGGUAAAUGUUUCUACUGCUAAUUAGAUUUAGCACAAAUUGGUGAUUUUUUUUUUUUUUUUGA